GCAAGCGUUCCACCUUCAAAGUUAAUGGAACUGCGUACCAUAGUUGAUGCUGCUCCGCACACGAAUAAAUACGGCUACAUUCGAGCAAAACUGUUGGAAAAUUUUACGGAAAGCCAGCAGCGACGCCUGCAGCGUGUACUUCGCGAGAUGCUCCUGGGCGAACGGCGCCCAAGCGACCUUUACAACGAGAUGAAGCGCGCCGCGGGAACCACGUUAAGCGAGAGCAUUCUUCACGACCUGUGGAUCACUCGGUUACCUACAUAUACGCAAGCGGCAAUCAUUGCUACAAAUGUGCCAAUCAUCGAAAAGUUGAAGAUCGCCGAUUCCAUUACGGAGUCCAUCAGAUUGCGCCAAGGAGACUGCAGCGAACUGUGCACCGUACAACAAUCUACCGACCAAGAUCUGAGAGCCGAAAUAGCGCACUCAAACAACGACUCGACCAAGUAGUAAGCGACCACGGACAUCG